CAUGUACUUUCAGUAUUUGUACAGAUCUGCUUCAUUUUGACUGCAAAGUUUGUUGCUACUGAAGUCCACAUUUGUACAUGUUCGUGAUUUAUGUAAAACCGCUUUGGUUUUGCACAGCAAAAUGUGCUCAACCAUUCCGGUUUCCAUCCUAAUGCCACUCCUGAUGGGCUGGCGGUCAGCAUCAGCCGACCAACCAUCUGGUUGCGGUAACCCGCAUCCCGUCGGAUUCAACGACGACCGAACCAUCAACCAUGUAGUCUCCGGAGGUCUCGACCGUUACUACGCCAUCUAUGUUCCUCUCAACUAUAACGCCGAUACGAAUCAGCGGCGACCUUUAAUCUUCGACUUUCACGGAAGCGGUGGUUCCCCGCAAAAACAGUACGAGAACUCCAUGUACUACGACAACCCAAAGGGCAGCGAGUACAUCGCCGUGUACCCGACCGGGAUUAAGAAACACUGGCAGGGUCCGUCCUACGCCGAUCCAACGGUCAAUGAUCUGCAGUUCGUCACGGACCUCCUCGCCCACAUCGAAGCGAACUACUGCAUCGAUCCCAACCGGAUCUACGCGUCGGGCAAGAGCAACGGAGGCGGUUUCGUCGACACCCUGGCCUGCUCCGAUCACGGCGACCGGUUUGCGGCGUUCGCCAUGGCCGCAGCGGCGCUUUACACCGACAACGAACUGAACGGGUGCCCGAAGAGACGAGCGAUCCUGGAAGCCCAUGGCGAGCAGGACACUACGAUCCUGUAUCACGGGAGCGAUGCGGCCAGUGGCGGCAGCGUCCCCGAUAUCCCGACGUGGGUUCGGUGGUGGGCGGAGCGGAAUGGCUGCGAUCCGGCGGUGGAUGGAUCCGUGUCGGAGGACCUUGGCGGUUAUGAUGUGACAUCGUAUUCGUGUGGCGGUAUGGUUAAUAUUGUACAGCACUAUAAGGUCCACGAACUGGGACACUGCUGGCCCAGUAGCAAUGGAAAGAACUCCGAUAGCGAGCGAGAUGUCUGUGCUGAUCGUUCGUUGGAUUUUACGGCAGCGGUCGUGGAGUUUUUCGAAAAGUGGACAUCGAGUUAUACCUAAGAACUGCAGUACGGAAAGAUUCAACCAAAUAAUAUUCUUGUGAGAUCAGAAGUCGUCAAGCCGAUGGAGUUUUUGUUGUCACAUUCUUGUAGUGGAGUCGCGGUAAACGUUUUCAUCAUGACCAAAGAACCCGCAGUAUCGAUAUAAAAGGUUUUGCCGGUGUUAAAUGACGUUUGUUUGAAUAUGCACGACACCUUUGGAAAGAAUCAACCUGAAUGCUCGCGCUCAGACCGCUUUCGUAUUUGGUGGAGCUACGCAAAAGAUAGUUGUUCAAAUUUAAUUUCGAAACCCACUGGUCAUCAUUUUAUACAUCUCUCGCAUUAAUGAGACGCGCCACGUGUCGUACUAGUC